AUGACUAGUUUAGAUGACACUGUGCUGACCAAAAAAAAUAUAGCGCUAUUGGACAACGCGACCAACUACAUCCGCCCCGCCAUAGAUUAUUUCCAUUUUAGAUGGGACUGUGAUAGCUUGGAUGUAUCCACUACAUGGCGCUUGUUAUUAAAAAUGCGCAAGCAUAAAUUAUUGCGGUUACCCAGCUGUUCUUCUGAAAAUGAGUUCGACUAUACCAUAUACAUGGCUAGGUUGUAUCAUUGCAUGUGGAGGCGGUGGUCCAUAAAGCACUUCAACUUAGACGACUGUAAAAUCAAUCCGCUAAACAUAAACUGGAAUAAAGAAAUAGACGUUACUGUUCUUUAUGGACCCGAUCUGGUCGGAAUACACGAAAGAGAGCAACCUGCUUCAACGGACUUUCAUGUAAGGAAUAUAAAGAAGCAAGGAAAGCAAUUAUCAGACACAGCAAAGGAUGAGAGUGGUUCUUCACCACUGGACAAGGACGGCGUAUUUAGUUUGAACGGAAAAUGGUCCUCUCAGCGGUCAAUAUCAUUCAACGAUACCGUUCGGAGGCGAGAUAUUGAUAAACGGGGGAGAUUUCGCGAGUCGUGCGUUCUGAUAAAUGAUAUAAACCAGUUUCAAAGCUAUUCCAUUGUCUGGGACGAGAAUAGACACCGCUACCGUCGGCAAGCCCUUCCAGACACGUAUUGUUACGACCAUCUCUACCUUAAUGGCAACGAAACUCCCCGGAAGAUGUCUAACGAUGACAUAACGAUUCCUCAAAACCUGCAUAGCAUUACGGAAGGCUCUUAUAUCUAUAUAAAGUGA